CCCGAGCCAGGCGGGCGCCAUGCUAGAAACCAAAAUGGCUGCCCCGGGGAAAGCAGCCCAACCCGAAGAGCACCGAGGGGGACGUGCCGAGUGACGCCUGCCGCGCCGCGCCACGCCUCGCCGGACCCGCCACACGCAGCAUUUUACCUUGUGGAGAUAUUUAGACCGGGGCACAAGCCAUGAUCAAAUUUUUUCUGAUGGUGAAUAAACAAGGCCAAACAAGGCUUUCUCGUUAUUAUGAAUACAUGGACCUUCAUAAGCGGACAGUUCUGGAAGCUGAAGUAAUCAAGCAGUGCCUUUCUCGUUCAAAGGAGCAAUGCUCCUUUCUUGAGUACAAAGACUUUAAGUUGGUCUAUAGACAAUAUGCUGCUCUUUUCAUUGUAGUUGGAAUCAAUGAAACAGAGAAUGAAAUGGCUGUAUUUGAACUGAUUCAUAAUUUUGUUGAGGUUUUGGACAAGUAUUUCAGCAGAGUGAGUGAAUUAGAUAUCAUGUUCAAAUUAGACAGAGUGCACAUCAUUUUGGAUGAAAUGAUUCUAAAUGGUUGCAUCGCAGAAACCAAUAAGACCAGAAUUCUCGCACCUCUUCUGGUUCUUGAUAAAAUGGCAGACACGUAGAAGAGACAAGCCAGAAGAUAAUAUUGUACAUUUUCAAAAAAAUAUUCUUCAAAUGCAAAGGACAGUUAAUUUUUUUUUUUUUUUUUUGCCAAAUUGUGAAUAAUUCUUUUUAGGCUAAAAGAUCACUGAAGUGAAUGUCUAGCUAUCAUUGCCUCCCUGUAAAAUUACAUUUUCUACUACCAUGCCAAAUGUUUUGUGAAGUUUGUAAUCUGCUUGAGGAAUUAAACAAAUUAAUCUUUACAAAUG